CUAAAACGUUUCGUUUCUGUUGGCUGGUUACAGAAAGUCGUCGAAAAUGAGAAGCAGCAGGAUGUUGACAGUCGCGACGGUGAUUUUGAUCUCGGCGACGUUCCACGGCUGUUUCGGUGAGCUGUACACCGCGUUGGCGGGCAUGGAAGAGCUUCUGGAAACGGAAGCGGUUCUCAUCGACACUCUCAACGGCUAUAUCAAGGCUCAGGAAGAACGUCUGGCUACUCUUAGAAAAAACGUGGAGGAUUACGCGAGAGAGCACGAGGAAGCGUCGAAGAACAUUCAGCAGUACCUGUCGAAUCCAAUCAACGCUUAUCUGCUCGUGAAAAGACUGACCACCGAUUGGAAACGUGUCGAGGAGCUGAUAACGCAGGACGUGGGCAAAUCUUUCGUCGCGAAUAUCACCAACUCACGUAGCGACCUUAAAUUCCCAACUGACGAGGACCUUAAUGGCGCCGCUGUCGCUUUGAUGAGGCUACAGGACACGUACAAACUCGACACCGCACAAGUCGCCAGGGGCGUGUUGAAUGGGGUUCAAUACAGCACAGGAUUAAGCGCCAGCGAUUGUUUCGAACUGGGCCGGCAGUCUUAUCAUAACCGCGAUUACUAUCACACAGUCCUGUGGAUGCAGGAAGCCAUGGAUCGCCUUCAGGAGGAACAAAACGCGACCACAACUCUGAAACCAGAUAUUCUAGAAUAUCUAGCCUUUUCGACGUACAUGCAAGGGAACGUGGCGCGGGCUUUAAGCAUGACGAACGAGCUUUUGGAGCUUGUACCGACUCACGAGCGAGCCUUAGGCAACCGUGCUUAUUACCAGAAGGAAAUUCAGAGCAAGGCGAAUCAGUCGAAGAAGAAGCGCGGCGAGGACGGCCAAGACGACACAGCCGUGCCUGCUCAACACUUUACGGUGACCGAGGAGAAAGUAAAAACCUGGGAAGAAAUGACAGAAAGAGAACGGUACGAGAUGCUGUGUCGCGGUGAAGUUUCAAUUCCCCCGGAAAUACAGAAGAACCUGAAGUGUCGAUACGUCGAUCGAGGAAUUCCGUUUUUAAAGAUUGCACCGUUCAAAGAAGAGGAAGCGUAUCUGGAUCCGAGGAUUGUCAUUUAUCAUAACGUGAUAUACGACGAAGAAAUCGAAACGAUCAAAAGAAUGGCGCAACCCAGGUUCAAACGUGCCACGGUGCAGAAUUACAAAACUGGUGCCUUAGAGAUAGCGAACUAUAGAAUUAGUAAGAGUGCAUGGCUGCAAGAACACGAGCAUAAACACGUGGCAGCGGUGAGCAAACGCGUGGAACACAUGACGAGUUUGAACGUGGAAACCGCGGAAGAAUUGCAAGUGGUGAACUACGGUAUCGGUGGUCAUUAUGAACCACAUUUCGAUUUCGCAAGGAAAGAGGAAACGAACGCGUUCAAGAGUCUGGGUACCGGAAAUCGUAUUGCUACUGUUCUUUAUUAUAUGAGCGACGUGGAACAAGGCGGCGGUACCGUAUUCACAGCCAUUAACAUCUCCCUGUGGCCCAGGAAAGGCAGCGCAGCGUUUUGGUUCAACCUGAAACCCAACGGCGAGGGAGAUCUCAGAACCAGACACGCGGCCUGUCCAGUGCUAACCGGUUCCAAAUGGGUGGCGAACAAAUGGCUCCACGAGAGAGGUCAGGAGUUCCUCAGGCCCUGCACCCUCGAGAACCAAACUUCGGACGAGGCUGAUGUCAGGCACUGAAUCUCUCGGCAACCGGAUCGACGUUAGUGAAAGAUAAACACGAAUGGGAUUUAUCGACCUUUGUUCACGAUGUACGGCUAACGUGAAAAGUGUUGUUUUAACGUUGAACGACGAAGGGGAACAUUGUUUGAUUCGUCGUAAAGGAAACAGAGAAAUUGCGACACGAUUGUAGUAAACGCGUGGAACGAUAUAACUGAACUGGUGUAAUUUUUGUACAGAGGUCGGCGGGAAAACCGGGGAAAACCUACCAGCAUUUAGCGAACAUUAUAAACACCAUUCGAUUAAACUUCCAAAGUUUUGUCGGUUCUGUACUGAUUACAACAAGGAUUAACGCUUUGAUGGCCGGUAUUACCUGAUCACGGUUUUAACUUUCAUUAGUUUUUAUCCGUGAAACUGCACCGCAAAUGGCCCAUUUGUGCCGGAUAUUUUCACACGUUACUUGGAAGGUUAAUCGAGUUAAAAAGUUAGGAAAGGUUUGAUUAAAAGUUUAACUAAGGUUUGAUUAAUUUAACGUUCAAUGGCGUUGAGAAUCUGUUACCUAACGAGAUAAAUCUGAUUAGCAAUUUUUGCUUUCACCACGGUAAAUUUGGACGAUGAUUUAUGAACUAAUUUUAGUUCAUAAACGAGUAAUUUUAUACAUUUGUAUUCUUGAUUUUAACGUUCAGUUAUUUCCGUUUUUUAUCUUUAAAUACUAAUCUUACAAAUUGAUGUUUGCAACAACGAAACUGUGACAUAGGUUUCCAUUGGUAUUUCCUUUUUCCAAAUCACGUCAAAGGUCAUCAAAGUGUUAAGAUUAAACGUUUAAUUUCAAUCCUCUUCCGAGGUCAUUUGUCGCAUCAUUUCAUUGUGCAUUAUACUUAGGUAUAGAAUUUUUACAAAAACACACGGCAUUUAUCUAAUAGUAUAUAUGUAUUAGAAAUUAAAGCAAUAACGAGUUGCACGUUUUAGGCCAGUCAGUUCGUCUCGAAGUCAGGAUUGUGAUUGCGUACGAAAUGAUAAUUAUGUAGAAUAUGAUCUGUAGCUAAUUUUUGUGGCCUUAGUAAUUGUUGGAAACAUUUGAAGACACGAUACAUUCCUUUACGACAUAUAUAAUAGUUCAACCUAAUUUGGAAAAGUUCUAAUUUCUUUUGUUUGCCUUGCAAAUAUAUUUUCGAGGUAAAUUCUGUUCUACGUAAUUAUCUAUAAAACACGUACCCCUCGCAAGAACUUCAACAUUUUAAUCUCAUGAAUUCACUCGGUAAACGCGGAGAUAAAAGAAAAUGGAAUCGAACAUUCCUGUGUUCAUCAAAGAGUAUUCUAUUAUAAUUAAAUCUUUAACUGUAUCGUUCCUUAUUCUACGACACGUUUCCCCGUCAGCGGGGUAUAUCUUGUAAAUAGUAGUGAUGUAAUAAUCGAGAAGCGUUUCAUUAGAGAUCCAACAUCUUGUAUACGAAUCGCUUGUAAAAAUGAAAGAAAAUAAACGAGAACAGAAUGAUAGAGAUCGACUUUAUCGACGGACGAACACGUCUGCGUCGUAAUUACCGAUUUUAGAACGUGAUGGAAAUCUCGGACGAUCAAUGUGUAUUGUCAAUAUUUCGAUAUUUUCACGACUAAUAUAUAUUUCGCGAUUAUCAAGGUUAAUAUAUAUUGUCAAUAAAUAUUGAGAGCUGUGAAAUAUUGACAACGCAUGUUAAUCGCCUGAGGUCUCCAUAAAAUGUUAUACGUGAGCUUAGACAUCCUACAUUUUCGGAUGAAAUAUCGUUGGAAUAAUUAAAGUAGAAAAUACUCGAGUAAUCGUAUAAUACGUACCUUAGAUACUGCCACCGUUCAUCUCGAAUCAUAAUCCUCGUGUGUGUGAGUGUGCAAUAGCUAGCAACAGCCUCUUCGAUUCUUUGUCGAUCAAUAGUUUCCACGAAUCGUUCAAUUUUAUGCACGAAAUUAGAUAAAAUGCACGAGAAACACUUUUGUACGUGUUCGUACGUAAACUCGUAAACUCUAGUAAAGUCGAGUAGCGAACGCGAAAGACGCGUGGGUUUAAUAAAAUCACUUACAACCACUAUAUUUGUAAAAUUCUUACUUAAACACAGUAAUUUUCGCGAAUUUUACACUUUUUCCGAGCACAAAAUUUCGCGCGUCGUUCACUACGCGGUGUCACUUGAAACUGAAGCGUCAAAGAUGGCUACGCAAAAUGGCGGAUCAGCGACGCGUUCUGAUUGGUUCGUGCGUUACCAACAGUAGCUUCUAACCAAUCACAUUGAUCUGUCAUAAAUAUUGGCGGUAACUCGUGCGACGUUUGGAGUGAUUCGGUGUCCGAACAGUUUUUCCUCUGUUGCGUUUAAAAGUGAACAAUUAACUGUGUUAAACUAUCUCUGAGUGAAGUUGAUUAACUUUAAAAGAUCCACGCGUCUUCGGCAGUGCUAUACUCGAAGAUUAUCAGUGAAUUUUGCAUGAAUAGAGGAUCAAUAGGAUUCAUGAGAUCGUUGCAGAUUUACUACCGUGCUAAACUCAUCACCGGUAAGCGAUUCCUUUAUUCGUAACGAUUGGCACGAAAAAAUUCAAUUUCGGCGCGAAAUAUAUACGCCGUACGAUGUACAUAACUCGUAUAAGCGUCUGAACGACCAUAUCGCUCGUAUUAAUUAUCGAGUCUCGAAUAAAUAAAACAUUUAAUCAAUCUACGUUUCGACUGAGAAAGCGUUUAACGCUCAUUGUUACGAUUCAUUGUUAUCGUAUUGUUAAGUCGAACGAGCUGAACCGGCUCGCUUCACAGUGAUUGUCACGAAUCGAUUAUUCGCGAAAUCACUAUUUCCUACGUAACCUGUAAUCUGUCAGUUCAUUUAUCACGAUCAUUACUUUAUUCUAUUGAUAAGCUAUAAGAUAAUGUCACGCAAUAAACAUUUACAAAUCUC